UGCGGAAGUUUACAUUCAGUGUUUGUAAAACGUGUUGCUCUGAGCUGAAAAGCCGGCCGUUGGAUAUGAUUGCUUGCUCCUGACAGCGCAAUACACGAGUAAUGUAUUCUGUUUUAAUUAAUGCGGUUUUGUCCAGUUCUCCUGACUACGAACUUCUGUUUGAAUUUCUGUCCUGGCCGAGUGAGACGUGGCCGGAGACGGAGCGAGUAGAGGCGCUGACAGCUCUCGUAGAAGGGCUCAGGUCUUUUCUGAAUGACUCGGAUUCAACUCCUAUUACAGGUUCAAAAAGAUGUAGUAUUUACGAAAAAAUUGAAUUGAUUAUUUGGAAGAAAUGUCUGCCUCUCCUCAUCAGAAUAUCAGCAGAGGGGGGAGAAAGUGCGCGUUGCAAGGAGAGUACAGCCGCUGUCUGCAGACUUUUAUGUGCAUGUCUCGCUCUGUGCAAUGAAACUGUGUGGAGACAAGUGGUUUUGUCCAUCAUGCCUUCAUUCCUGCCUUCAGAGGAAGAGCUGCACGUUUCAAAACGACUCAAUGUGGAGGUUGCCACCGAAGUCAUGGCAGCUCUCAUACCUUUCAUGUCAGUGGAUGAACAUCUCACACGCAACACCUUGUCGUCUGCCUUGUCCUCCAUCAGAUCUCUCCCCGACGCACUGGUCUCCAAAAUCAUAGUUAGGAUCAUUUUAACUAUACUGAACUCCUGCAGCGCUGCGAGGUCAAACAACACCCUACAGUCCAUCCUGGAUGAUCUAUAUAGCUGGCACUCCACUGACCGCACACCUGCGGUGACAGAGCGGACACUGCUGUGUUUAACCGCCCUGUCAGACCACCUCCUGAAAUCUCACAGCUCUCCUUCCUCCUGCACUUGUGAUCUCGACCCUCGUCUGUCUCCUCAGUUCUGGAAGAUUGUUCAAGAUGGACUGAUUCACAGAGACAGCUUGUCACGAAAGAGAGCACUGUACCUGCUGAAAAGAUGUGCAGCGCUGUCCGAGGAAGAGGGAUUUGACUGGCCUCCCUCUACAGCAGAAGAAGAGGGGGCAUUGUUCAAAUGGGCCCCCAACAAGAGCAAGGAGCUAAGAGAGUUUUGGGAGGAUUACACACUAGUGAUGGAGACUCUGGAGGAGAACCAGAUUCAUGUUGUCCGGCCAGUUUUAAACAGAAUAGACACACUGAUUCAAACUACAAUGAAUGACAAUCAAGGGCAAGGCCUUUUCCAUCCCUCCUGGCUGCUGUGUGUAUAUCAGCGCAUGUUCCACAGCGAGAACAAAUCCCUAAUGAGAGAGGGAGUAUGUCAUCUGCUUGAGCUUCAGGUUCUCCAGCUGUCAGCUUUUGCAUUGGCUUUCUCUCAGUUUAUCGUCGGUCCCUUUAUGGAUGUUCUCUCUGAAAUUUCACUCUUCUGCAGGUCAGCUGGGCAGAGUGUGGGAGACUGUCCUGAGCUGGCGGUUAAACUCCAAGAUUUCAUGGUCACUUUCUUCAAUAGCCUGCCAUUAGAAGCAAGGGGUCCUGUUUUGCUUCAGCUGAUUCAGCAGCUGGUCUCCAAGCACUGGUGCGCAGUUCCCCUCCUCUUUAUCUGUCAGGCUGUGUCCAAACUUCCCCCAAGUCCACUGUUGGGGAUCAGUGGGUUGAAUGUUCUGAGAGAGGUGCUGCGCUCCACCAUGAUCACUCACCAGGUCCUGUUGAGAGGAGCUGCUCAAUGCUUCUUGCUGAACAGCGCCCUCUGUCUCACAGUAGUGAGUGAAGUCACCCUGGAUGAUAUUUUUAGCUUCCUGAUGCAUUUCCGUGCGGAUGAGUCACUGUGUAGAGGAACAGAGCUCUGGGAUCAGUUGUGCACCUGGUUAUUGAAACACGAAGGUAGUUUUAAACCCAGGAUUAUGGAUGGAGAUUGCAAUGAUGCCUCCACAAAUAAGGAAACCGUAAGAGCUUACGUUCAAAGGGAAAUGCUGGAAUAUCUCCGAGUCCCAGCUAGUACAGGUCAGACUGAAAGGCUACCUGACUCUAGAGAGGCUGAUAAGUUGGCAAGGGCCAUUCUGCUGUGUGUGGACAUGGAGAGGAAUCGACCAGGAGUAGAGGUUAAUACUGAUCUGGAGUCACUACUGUCUCCCCUGAUGGACACCCUGAGCAGGGUCAGCACCAAUAUGUACCUCCCUCUGCGUAAGAGCGACAAGGGCCUGCAGCUUCUCCUCAGACUGUUGCAGCUCGGAGCAAUGCCAUGUUGUCAGCGCGACGGCGCAGAGACAGGGGAUAAAGUUAUAGUUGCCAUUGAGAAUGUGUUUUUCAAACUUGUCGAUCCAAUCCAGGAGUUUAUCUUAAGGCGGCUGUGUGGUGAACUGCAAGAGCUGUUUGACGUGGAGAGAGCAGAACUUUAUCUCUGUGUCCUCAGGCAGAUUGCUGUCAUGUGCAGUUCUGCAUCACUGCACUGCAUUAAAAUUCAGCCAAGUGGUUUCCCUAAACUCAUCAAGUAUGGCCUUACAGUCCUACAAGAGCCAAGUCAACAGAUCCCCUCCGUGGCCAACCAGGUGGCUAAGGCAGUAACUAUGGCAUCCCUGGCCACUGUAUGUGAUCUCAUGGACCAGGAAGGGAUCAGUUUACAAACAGAGACUUUAGCAGCUCUAAAAUCACUGAAUGAUUACUUCUACAGUCCGAUGACUUCCUCACAAAGUCAAGCUUCUCUGGAAAAUGUCAACAAAUGCUUGAUGAAACCACAGCUAACAGACUGUUCAAGUGAUGUCGAAGCACAUAGUCUUCUGCUGCAGGACUGGGGACGCAUCGCUGCCAACUUUAUGCGGGACCAGUGGAUUUGUUUGAACUUCCUGAUUAAGGCUGUCAGGAUUCAUGAGUCAGUAGAAAUGUCCAAAGCCUUUGAGAUUUUAAAAGCUGCUCUGAGUUGCAGUGUUGAAGCCCUGGCUCUGCUGCCCAGUGACCUGGUGCUGCCUGUUUUCACCUUUAUGGAGAAGGUGCUGCCGCAACUAGUGCAUGAUGAGGAGGCCUUGUCUGUGCGGGCUUUGACUCUAAGCUGGGAGCUGGUGCAGGGACUGAGCACUAAUGCCCAAGACUUCUGGCCAGCCCUAAAAGGCUUCAUCUCCAUGGCUUUCCAGCACAAACUGCUCAAGCUUACACAUGCUGAGGCUUCAACCCUUAUGGGCACUCUGAAGCAGAUUGCCACAGAGUUGUUGGAGCUGUCUCAGUCAAAGAGCGGCGUGUUUGGGGUGCUGCUUCAGCGAUGCUGUCAGACAUGGCUGCCCACAGAUGCAGGGAGCAGAGAGCAGGCUGACACCAUGUUUUCUAGUGUUUUCAGCCACAUCAACAUAGUCUCUGAGGCUUGUGUCUAUGGACCUGUGUUCAGGAGAGAUCAACGACUUGUCACAGAUGUUCAAAUAUAUGUGGAGCAACUUGGUGAAAACUGUGCUGCCAAUGUUGCAGUUAGAAGCGAUAACAGAGAUGACCAGUUGCCUCGCACAUGUGUAUUGGCUUUCCUUAGUCGCCUGGAUUCCUCAGAUCUGCAGCAUCAAAGACUCAUAGAAGAGCUGGUUACGGAAUUACUGAAAAAGGAUAAUGACAUAUCAAAGUCUAAAGUACGUUACUAUAGUAACUCCCUCCAACAUCGGGUCAAAAACAGGGUAUGGCAAACACUGCUGUUGUUGCUACCCAAACUCAGAGAGGAAUUUGUUGCCACUCUGUUAAACCGUGUGUUUGAAGCUGGAUUUUGCGGUAAUCAGGCUUCAGUAAAGUACCUCAUUGAAUGGAUGAUGAUUCUGAUCUUUGUUCAAAAUCCACAACACAUUGACAGUUUUUGGACCUGCUUCAACAUGGAUCAUGAACAGACCAAAACAAGCAUCUGCACCUUCCUGUCAGUCUUGGUGCAUUUUAAUCUCAUCAUUCCACAUCUUCAGGACAAGACCAUGCAGCUGCGUAAAGCACUAGAUGUCAUCCUGCAGUCGUGCUUCAAUCACAACUUCAGUGUGCGCCUGUAUGCCUUACUGGCACUGAAGAGGGUGUGGAGCCUGGCAGAGAGCCUGAAAGAGGAGGACACGGAUGCUUUGAGAGGACUGUCCUCUGUAGUCAAAGCCUGUCUGAGUCAGGCCGAGGCCAUGCAGAACACUGGAAAUGCCAACAAAAACUGGCUGAGGAUUCAGGAGCACUUCUUCUUUGGUUCCUUCCAUCCAGUCAGGGAUUACAGUGUUGAGACCAUCUUCUACACCUUUCCCAGUCUAUCAGAGUUGGCUGAUGAUGAGUGGAUUCUGCCAUGGAAGUUUGAGAAGUUGUCAUGUUUCUCUGAAAGUCCAACACUUCCUUUGAGAAAUCCUGCUCCUGAUUUGGGUCACCUCCAGCCUGGAGACUGGGUCCAGCAAGACAGAAGUGAGCAGGAUAAGGAAGAGAGGUGGGCUGAGGUGCAGAAGAAGAUCACCCCCUGGAGGCUGGGGAUCCAGGAGCAGGAGCCAGAACUUCAGCUGGUUCCACCACAAAGGGCUGCUCGACUGGGCAAACUGCACGGUGCCCUGCUCGUUGUUGCCUCACUUAUUGACAAGCCCACCAAUUUGGGAGGCCUCUGCAGGACAUGUGAGAUAUUCGGUGCCAGUGCUCUGGCUCUGGAUAGCCUCCGCCACAUCUCUGACAAACAUUUCCAGUCCCUGAGUGUCUCAUCUGAGCUGUGGCUUCCUUUGCUGGAGGUGAAGCCUGUGGAGCUCACUGACUUCCUGCAGGUAAAGAAGAGUGAAGGUUACUGUAUUGUUGGAGUGGAGCAGACUGCCAACAGUCACAGCCUCCAGAAUUACCAGUUCCCUGAGAAGACCCUGCUACUUCUGGGUAAUGAACGGGAAGGCAUUCCUGCCAAUUUACUCCAAAUGCUGGAUGUGUGUGUGGAAAUCCCUCAGCAAGGAGUCAUCCGCUCUCUCAAUGUCCAUGUGAGCGCUGCCUUGUUGAUCUGGGAAUAUACGCGGCAGCAUCUCUCCUCCUCUUCACCUGAAAUCAGCUCAAAAUGCAGCGUUAGAAGUUAAACCCGACAAGACACAAGAUCCUUAGCUUAAAUGAAAUAAAAA